AUGUUGUCCUCUCAGAAGGACCACCAAUAUUGUCCUCUCAGAAGGACCACCAAUAUUGUCCUCACACAAGGACCACCAAUAUUGUUCUCACACAAGGACCACAAAUAUUGUCCUCACACAAGGACCACCAAUAUUGUCCUCUCAGAAGGACCACCAAUAUUGUUCUCACACAAGGACCACCAAUAUUGUCCUCACACAAGGACUACCAAUAUUGUCCUCUCAGAAGGACCACCGAUGUUGUCCUCUCAGAAGGACCACCAAUAUUGUCCUCUCAGAAGGACCACCAAUGUUGUCCUCACACAAGGACCACAGAUAUUGUCCUCACACAAGGACCACCAAUAUUGUCCUCACACAAGGACCACCAAUAUUGUUCUCACACAAGGACCACCAAUAUUAUCCUCACACAAGGACCACAAAUAUUGUUCUCACACAAGGACCACCAAUAUUGUCCUCUCAGAAGGACCACCAAUAUUGUCCUCGCAGAAGGACCACCAAUAUUGUCCUCUCAGAAAGACCACAAAUGUUGUCCGGGGAGAAGGACCACCAAUAUUGUUCUCACACACGGACCACCAAUAUUAUCCUCUCACAAGGACCACAAAUAUUGUCCUCUCAGAAGGACCACCGAUGUUGUCCUCUCAGAAGGACCACCAAUAUUGUCCUCUCAGAAAGACCACCAAUGUUGUCCUCACACAAGGACCACCAAUAUUGUCCUCUCAGAAGGACCACCAAUAUUGUCCUCACACAAGGACCACCAAUGUUGUCCUCUCAGAAGGACCACCAAUGUUGUCCUCUCAGAAGGACCACCAAUAUUGUCCUCACACAAGGACCACCAAUGUUGUCCUCACAGAAGGACCACCAAUAUUGUCCUCACACAAGGACCACCAAUAG